AAGAUGGCGUCCUUCGAGCGAAACCCCUCGAGAUGGAAAGGCACCCGUUUCCGGCAGGGUUUGGGCGCCUCUCGCAUUGCGGCCCAGGCGAUACUGUCGCUCACAGAAAAACAACGUCAGAGACGUUGGCCUUCUUUCCCCAUGGGUCUGAAGUCAAAAGGGACUUUCAGAAGCGCCUCCUCUUACCUCCUCCACCAGCUCAUCCACCGCUCUCAUGAGACAGAAGCGGAGCAAGAAGAGCAGCAACAGGAGGAAGGAGAAUCUGAAGAGUCAGAGGAGUCCGAAAUGCAGAAUUUGGAGGACGAGUAUGACGGGAUCCUGAGAGAGGAGGCCGUGGCUGAGGCACUCACUGGAUUGGGGUGGUCAGGCCGUGGCACGGAGCAGGUUUACCUCAACCUGAAUCUAUCGCACUGUGAGUUGGUCGACAUCAGCAUUCUGUGCGGCUAUGUCCACCUGCAGAAGUUGAAUCUUUCGGGAAAUAGAAUCGAAGAUUUGUCUUGUGUGAGCUGCAUGCCGUAUCUUCUAGAACUAAAUGCUUCUCAGAACAAGCUGACUGCCUUCUUCAAUUUCAAACCACCCCAAAAUCUCAAGAAGGUGGAUUUUUCCUCCAACCUGAUUUCCGAGAUGUAUGACCUGUCAGCGUACCAUACUCUCACUCAACUAAUUUUGGACAACAACGAGAUAGAAGAAAUCACUGGGCUAGAGAACUGCAUCAGCCUGACCCACCUUAGUCUGGCUGGCAACAAGAUCACUACCAUCAAAGGCUUAGGGACAUUACCCAUCAAAGUGCUUUCUUUGAGUAACAACAUGAUUGAGACCAUCACAGGUUUGGAGGAGCUGAAAGCCUUGCAGAACCUGGACCUGUCCCACAAUCAGAUCAGCAGCCUCCAGGGCUUGGAGAACCAUGACCUCCUGGAAGUGAUUAACCUGGAGGAUAACAAGAUUAAGGAGCUGAGUGAAAUAGAAUACAUUGAAAAUCUUCCUAUCCUUCGAGUUCUCAAUCUGCUAAGGAAUCCAAUUCAGAUCAAGCCCGAGUACUGGUCCUUCGUGAUAUAUAUGCUGCUGCGACUGACAGAGUUAGACCAGCAGAAGAUUAAGGUAGAAGAAAAGGUUUUUGCAGUGAAUAAGUAUGACCCUCCCCCUGAGGUGGUUGCUGUCCAAGAUCACAUGACCCAUGUUGUCAACAGCAUGUCGCAGCCACAGAGGAUCUGGGACAGCACCCUGCCGAGUCUGGAUGCCCCUUAUCCCAUGCUCAUACUAACUGGGCCUGCAGCUUGCGGGAAACGAGAGCUCGCCCACCGCCUCUGCAGACAGUUUAGUACUUACUUCAGAUAUGGGGCCUGUCACACCACAAGACCGCCUUACUUUGGUGAAGGGGAUCGAGUUGAUUAUCAUUUCAUUUCCCAAGAAGUUUUUGACGAAAUGCUGAGCAUGGGGAAAUUUAUUUUAACAUUUAAUUAUGGCAAUCACAAUUAUGGAUUAAAUAGGGACACGAUAGAAGGUAUUGCAAGAGAUGGAUUAGCAAGCUGCAUACAUAUGGAAUUGGAAGGUGUAAGAAGUUUGAAAUAUUCCUAUUUUGAGCCUCGAUAUAUCUUGGUGGUGCCUAUGGACAAGGAAAAAUAUGAGGGAUACUUGCGGAGAAAGGGAUUGUUCAGUCGCGCAGAAAUCGAAAUUGCCGUCUCCAGGGUGGACCUUUAUGUUAAAGUUAACCAGAAAUAUCCAGGAUAUUUUGAUGCAGUAAUCAAUGCAGAUGACCUGGACAUUGCCUACCAAAAGCUCAGCGAGCUCAUUAGAGAAUACCUGGGGUUGACUGAGACAGCUGCUAAGACCUUGGCUCCAACUGCAGAUACUAAGACGUCGUCUUACCUGAAAUGCGAAGACUAUUCUAGGAAGUCCAGUACGGUUGAAUUCUUGGAUUCAACAGACAGAAACUACUUUACCAAAUUAUGGGCCAAACUUUCAUCCAAAAAGUCACCAGUGGAAAGAGAGUCUCUCCACAGACAGCAUGAGGCAGCCCGGCAGGCACUCAUGGGGAAGACGCCCCGGGAUCACACGCUCCUGUUUCAAAGGGGUCCAGUACCGAUACCUACUGUCAGUGGCCAACAGUAUUUUGCAACAAUAGAUGAACUACAGAAAACGUUUGAGCUCUCUGACGAUCACUUUAAAAUCCCCUCUGGACCAUACCCUGAAACAAGCAAGGAUUCCAAUAUUUCUAAGAGAUAUUCUACAUACUUUCAUACUUGUCCAUGGUCCAAAGAACUUCCCUUUCAGCUUCCAGAGGGUGGGGUCUCAUCGCGCCCAGGAUCAGCAGGGAGUGAUGAAGUCGACGGGGCAUUGAAAGCUCUUCGUGUAGCAUCAUCUAUGCAGGAAAAAGUGGCCCAGCACAAAAGACUGUCUGCGAUUACAAUAAUGGACCCGGGUUCCAACACCAAACCCACCCUUCCUCCGAUCCCACACGGCCGCAGAUAGACCAGCACUGGGAUCUUGGAUCUGGCGAACAGACCAGCGCUGUUGCCAUCUCAUCUAAACACGCAGAAGGAGUUCAGUCCUUCCGCCUGGCCUGGCCACGGGUCUCAGCUGUUUCUCAUUCACACGACUCAUGACCAAAGAAAGAUUCUAAAUCUCUUGAUCAAUUUACACUGUGAUUCUCUGAAGAGCAUCUUUUAUUGAUUUUUGUUUUGCAUGUUAGUUAUUCUUAGCUUUGAAAAAUGUUAUUUGAGUUUUUCUCUUCCCACAACUGAUUUUCCCAGAGAUUCCUGUUCUGAGAUCUCAGAUACCAAAAAUCUCCCUACAUUUUUUCAUUUUAUGUACAAUGGGUCCUUUGGCUUUAUCUAACUACGAUUGUAUGGCUCAGAGUUCCAGGACUAUGAUGAUUCACCCAAAAUAUUAAUGUUUUUGUUCUAAUUAUGAAAACAUGAUAGAGCACCAUUUAACUUGUGACCAACAUCAUAUCUACUGCAUCUCUCAAAGAGAAUUAAUAUAAUUUGGGGGAGCUCUUUAGUACCGUUAAGGAAUAAAAAAAAUAUAUUUCCUUUU